AUGGCACUCCACGCCGCCUCCUCACCCAAAAAAGUCGACCAAACCCUCCAACAAACCCCCGGCAUCCAAAUCUUCCUUCAACCCAUCGCCCCGCCCGCCGCCCUCGGUCUCGCCGGCUUCGCAGGCUCAACAUGGAUAACCUCAUCCUACAUCGCCAACUGGUGGGGCAACCCGGAGUCACCAACCAUCUUCUUCCCGUUCGUGGGUCUGUUCGGCGGACUAGCGCAGUUCAUCGCAGGACUAUAUGGGUUCAAAGCGAGGGAUACGGGAUGA